AUGAAACUCAAACCCCUUCCAACGGCCUUGCAGUGCCUUCUACUCCUUGGCUUUGGCAACCUAGUGCAAGCAUUGUCAGUCACAAACCUUGGUCAAGGAGGCCGGCAGCGCACUAAGAUUAAUUCGGGUUGGAAAUUCUUGCGAACAGAGAAAAACGCCGACGGUAUCAUCUAUGACCAACGCCCAGACUUGGUCAAUGUCGAAAAUCCAGUUGUCUUGAAGCCCUGGAUUCUUCCGUCUGGGAACGACUUCAUCAAAGACGCAGCUAAUCGCCAUGAAACGCCGAGUACCAGCCCGCCAAUUGGAAAUCUCAGCUUUGUUGAGGCAUCUCUGGACGACAGCGAGUGGGAGUCGGUCCGGCUGCCUCAUGACUGGGCUAUUGCAGGGCCUUUUUACACCGAUGCAGACCCUAUCGUGGGGGGCGGAAUGGGACGUCUACCUGUCCAUGGAGUUGGAUGGUAUCGUCGAGAACUUCCAAUUUCCAAAGCAGACCUGGACAACUCAAUCUAUCUUGACAUAGAUGGCUCCAUGUCCUACACUAUGGUCUGGGUCAACGGAGAUUUAGUUGGAGGCUGGCCGUAUGGGUAUGCCUCAUUUCGCCUAGACUUGACAUCUCACCUGAAGGCCGGAAUCAAUCAGCUCGCGAUUCGAUUGGACAACCCUCCCGACUCCGCUCGGUGGUAUCCCGGAGCAGGCUUGUACCGCAGCGUUUGGAUCACCAAAGUUGCGAAGCUACAUGUCGGCCAAUGGGGGACCUUCAUCACGUCAAGAGAUGUUUCGACCACUUCUGGGACACUUGAUCUCGUCGUUGAUGUUGAGAAUACGAGUGAUUCGGACAGAAAGGUUGAGGUAGGGACGGACGUGUACGAAGUGGAUUCGCAGACCGGCAAAGCUGUAAAGAAGAGAGUUGCCGCAUUUCCAAAGACAUCCAUCCAAGUUGAAAAGGGAGGGAAAGUAUCUACCAAUUCGUCCACCGAGAUAAAGAACCCACGCCUUUGGGGGCCUCUGCCGACACAAGAGCCGAAUCUUUAUGUUGCAGUCACAAUAAUCUAUGUUGGAGGCCUGGUGGUUGACACUUACGAGACAGAAUUUGGUGUCCGCGCAGUCACUUAUGAUCCCAAUGAGGGAUUGUUGGUCAAUGGCGAACAAAUCAAGAUACAGGGCGUCAACGAACAUCACGAUCUAGGCGCAAUCGGCUCCGCUUUCAACUUGCGUGCUGCAGAGCGCAAGUUGGAAAUACUUCACGAACUCGGAGUGAAUGCUAUUCGCAUGGCGCACAACCCUCCCGCUCGGGAGCUUCUGGAGUUAACCGACCGCAUGGGCUUCCUGGUUAUUGAUGAGAUCUUUGAUUGCUGGGAGCUCGGAAAGACUGAUGGAGAUUUCCACCUUAUUUUCUCUGAUUGGCAUGAGGCGGACCUCAGGAACUUUAUGCGGAGGGAUCGGAACCAUCCAUCGGUCAUUGCUUGGAGCUUCGGAAACGAAGUGACUGAGCAGCACAAUGGUGAAGAGGGCGCGGCGUUGGCUUAUCGUCUCCACGACAUGGUCAAGGAAGAGGACUCAACCAGACCGGCAACAUCAUCAAUGAAUUACGCCAAGCCAGACAUGCCAUUUGGUCACGCUAUGGAUAUCCUCAGCAUCAACUAUCAGGGAUCUGGCAUUCGCGACACCCCAAACUAUUCCAACCUCCAAGGCAUCCGCACAAACCCUCUGUACCCUGAUUUCCACAAAGCGUUUCCCGAUAAAAUGAUUCUCGGCAGCGAGACGGCGUCAACUAUUAGCACUCGAGGUACCUUCAUGUUCCCUGUCACGGUCAACACCGGCGCGCCCGUCAACGAGACCUCUGGAGGGAACUCGACUACCUUGGAAGUCAGUGCAUAUGAGUUGUACACCGCCAACUUUGGCUCGCCCCCAGACAAAGUCUGGAUGUACGAUGACAAGAGCCCUUUUGUUGCUGGAGAAUUUGUCUGGACGGGCUUCGACUACAUCGGCGAGCCUACUCCAUACUACGACGCUCGCAGCUCCUAUUCAGGGAUAAUUGACUUGGCCGGGUUCAAAAAGGAACGCUACUAUCUGUAUCAGUCGCGUUGGCGACCGGAUCUUCCCAUGGCCCAUAUUAUCCCGCACUGGGACUGGCCUGAUCGUGUCGGAGAGACCACUCCUGUCCACGUAUUCUCUGCUGCUGAUGAAGCCGAGUUAUUUGUGAAUGGAAAGUCACAGGGUCGAAUCAAGAAGGAAGAGUUCACUUACCGUUUCCGCUGGGAUGAAGUGAAAUACCAACCCGGGCAGGUGAAGGUGGUAGCAUACAAGAACGGGAAGAAAUGGGUAGAAAAGAGUAUUCAAACGACCGGUGUACCAGCCAAGUUGCGAAUGACUGCGGAUCAAAAGACUCUUGAGUCUAUCGGAGAAGACUUGGCCUAUGUUACGGUGGAAGUCGCCGAUGCAAAGGGCAACGUCGUACCUACGGCUGACCACUCAAUCCAGUUCUCAGUUUCUGGACCGGCAGAGAUCAUUGCGACGGACAACGGAAAUCCUGCUGAUAUGAACACGUUUGUCUCAACAGAAAGAAAGGCGUUUAGCGGCCUAGCUCUUGCGAUUUUGAGGACUAAGGAGGGGGAAACUGGCCGUAUAAUAGUUACAGCUAAAGCAGAGGGGCUGAAAUCUGCUAGUCUGCGGUUAAAGGUAAGGUGA